UGUGCAGAAUCUCUGUGUGGAAACAGCUGGAGAGGCAGCUCCUUCCCGACGGAAUACACCCGGUUUCCAUCCUGCCUUCCGAAGGAGGCUGCUCCGGCAUUCCCAUCAAAGCAGCCCCGCUGCUGGUGGGCAGUCCUUGCCUCCCUUCCUGCUCAGCUGCCUUUGGAAGGCAAUAAUGAAUCAAACAGACAAAAAUCAGCAGGAUGUGCCCUCGUACCUGCAUGAGGAGCUGCCAGGAGGCUCGCUGAAGGACCACCCGCAGCAGCAGCCCGGCGUGCUCUCCCGCGUCACGGGCGGCCUCCUCAGCGUCACCAGAGGRGCUGUCGGCGCCACCAUCGGCGGCGUCGCUUGGAUCGGAGGGAAGAGCCUGGAGAUCACCAAGACGGCGGUCACGUCGGUGCCCUCGGUGGGAGUGGGGCUGGUCAAGGGAGGCGUUUCGGCUGUGGCUGGAGGCGUCACYGCUGUAGGAUCUGCUGUUGCCAGUAAAAUGCCUUUGACGGGGAAGAAAAAGGAUAAGUCUGACUAAAACACUGAAACGGAGACGUACUUGAUUCUGCAGAAUAUUCCGUUGGUGGCAUUAAAAUCUGCCAGGUUUUGGACCACGAGAAGCCAUGUGUCUUAGACAUCCCUCUUCCACAGAGCUCUGCAGGUAACUUGAUUUCAUCUGAAAAGGACAGACGAAGCUUGGCGAGCACCGCAUGAAGGUUUAUUAGGAGCUAGAGCCAGGCUUGGCAGCUGUGAGAUGUUACACCCGAUAACCCUGGGAGCGAGGAAGUGCAUCCCAAGGGAUGACGCCUGUUUGAAUAUUCCCUCACUGUAAGGCUCUUGCGGUUUUGGACUGAAACGUGAGCACGGAAGUGUUGGCUGGUCACCCUGCAGCACCGUGAGCAGCCGAUUGCUGUUCUUGGUGGUGUCCACAUCUCCCUGCUAAGGGUGCUCGGCAGGAGAAGGGGCCUCGUGGAUGCCCCAAGGGAGCUUCGCUGAGGAAGCUGCUUUGCAGGAAGCCUCUGCGCUCCAACGCACCUGGAGGGGUAUAGGAAGGGAGCACGGCAGGUAAGAGGUGAGGAAGGGUGGUAGAAGGGAUCAUARAGAGCCAGCUAAUGUAACGGCUCAUGCCUUAUUAAUUGUGACUUUAAGUGAAGCUGAGUAAAGAACUUGUCCUGCCAUUUCAGUGCAGUUCACAGAACAAGCUUUGGACUCUCUUUAUGACUCUUGAUACCAGAAACUUUGUCAGCUUUUACCGCAAACAGGAUUGUUAAAUCUCAGGUGUAUUUAAUGAUACAUCUUUCUCCUGCAAGUGCAAAACUUGCUGCUUCUAAUAAACUUCCUACAGACACUAGGGGAAAAAAAAUGAUGGCUUAAUUGAAACUGGUUUGUGGUCACCUAGCACUAUGUUAAUGACAACUGUGUAACUUGAAUGAAUCCUUCCUGCAGCUGGCAACCACUGAAGAACUAGCAAAGUUGUCUUAAGCUCAUGAUGUGUCAGGUUAGCUCCUGGCUCUGGCUGGAAGCUUCUCCUUUCUAGCU